CACAGACUGCCAAGGAGUUCAAGGAGAAGCAAGAAGUGGAGGCGCCUGGGAGGCCAAGUGCAUUCUCAGCUGCGUGUUUUCUGUUGGAACAUCUGCUUAAGAUAAUGUAUCCGUACAGGAGCGAUGGGUAUGGCUAUGGUUCUGCUGCGUCAAGCCGGAGCUAUCAGCAGCAGGCACCCCGUGCGGCAAGCUCCAUUGCCAGUCAGUCACUUGAUGACGACCUUCCCAUGUAUGUCUUGAGGGAGGAUACUCUGCAGUCCAGGUACGCUGUUCCAAGCGACAGGUUGCAGGCGCAGUAUUAUGCCGGGAGCGGAGCGGGGCACUAUGACGAGAGCACUCUUCGCGCAGCGUCGCAGAGGUACUACGAUGAAGGCUCCAAGCGCCUGCGCACAACGUACCCCGAGACCUAUCAGGAUCCACGGUCUGCUCGCUACCAGGCUCAUGCUGCCCCUACAGGAGGGUACCCUCAGCGGCCAGGAGAGCAGAAGUGCUCAUUCUAUAUGAGGACUGGCAAGUGCAGCUAUGGAUCUGACUGCAAGUUCGAUCACCCGGCUUGGGUGCCUCCCGAAGGCAUCCCAGGAUGGAAAGAGGAGGAAGGCGAGUUUCCGCAGAGGCCCGGCCAGCCUCACUGCGCUUACUUCCUGAAGAAUGGCACGUGCAAGUUUGGGUCUACAUGCAAGUUCGACCACCCUGGGGCCAAGCCCUUUGCAGGGCGCUCUGUUGCAGCGGCCCCCGUGGAGCGGUUGGGGCUGCGCUCUGACGUGUUUGGCACCACUGCUCCGAUGAACUCGAAGGGCCUGCCCCUGCGACCGUCGGAGCCCUUGUGCCAGUUCUUCAGGAAGACCGGAGACUGCAAGUACGGCGUGCUCUGCAAGUUCGAUCACCCGGAGCCAGGAAGCUCAAAGAGGAAGCGGGCCUCAGACGAUGAUCUUCAGGACGUGCCCCUCUAUGCGGUUCUCCCUGGGUCCUCAUACGCAGGCAACGCCGCCCCUCCGGCCCGGGCGGUGGCUCUGCCCCAGCGACCGGGUCAACCAGAGUGCGCUUACUACAUACGGACCGGUACCUGUCAGUACGGCGCCACCUGCAAAUACAACCAUCCGCUUCCUCUGUCCAAGAGGACCGAACAAACCAAAGCGAAGCCUGCCAAGGCCAGCCCCCCAGCGGCAGGGUUGACGCCUGCAGGCCUGCCCAGGAGGCCCGGCGCGACUCUGUGCGCGUACUACAUGAAGACGGGCCUCUGCAAGUACGCCCCCGACUGCAAAUUCGACCACCCGCCCCCCGGCGAGGCGGCCAAGAUGGCCUACCGCGCAGCCGCAGCCGAGAAGGCGGCGCCACCCGCCGCGGGAAGCGCCGGGGGCGUCCCGAGCAAGGACCAAAAGGUGGAGGAGCAAUCGGCUGCUCAAACCGUGGAAAAUGUCGCAGUGGGGAACACGGACGGACAAGGGGAGGCGGUUAGAAUCGAAGAAAAGGCUCCGGAGGAAGCAGAAAAGGAGGGCCUUGCGGAGCAGGAAGGCGGAGGGUUUGAGGGCGAAGCUUGGAGCCCCGAGGCGGGCGUUGAGACGGAGGCGGAGGAGGGUGCGGACGUCGUCGGAGGGGAGCAUGUCUCGGAGGGUGCCGUCGAGGGGAACGCGGGAGCGGAGCAGGAGGCCGGUGCGGCUGAAGGUGAGACACCGGCUGAAGCAGCAGAACAGGGUCCGGUUGAAACGGCGCCGACCGAAGCAGCAGAACAGGGUCCAGUUGAAACGGCGCUGACUGAAGACGCGGAGAAAGAGGCAGUGCUUCCUAGUCAGGCGGAGGUUGAGCAAGCGAUUGAGAACGAGGCGAUGCAAGCUGAUGAGGCGGAGGUUGCGCAAGCGGCGGUCCCUGCCGAGGGGCCAGGAACGGUCGAGCAAGAGGAGCAGGCAGGGGGGGAAAACGAUGGAGACGAACUUGAUUUCGUUGACGCUGAGGGGCUGGAAAACGAAGAUGCGGAGGGGUACGAAGGAGGUUUGGAACAUGAGUCCAUGCUUGAAGGCGGCGUGGAUCUGAACGCGGAACCUACUGACGAAGUUGAAUAACGGGACUAGGUGCAAUGAGUAAUGGAUCGAGAGGAGAAGGUGCUUAUAUCAGUUUCUUGGCCAUCUGAUAUUCUUGAUCUCUGCACAAGUAGGACUAGGUGAUUCCAAUGAACAACUUUUCAAAAGCACGGCGGACAUGGAAUGGAUGGGGCAGCUCAUUGCCUUUGAGGGGGCUAUGAGGUCCAUGUUGUGAACUGCGGAUGCAUGUUUUAAGAGUGGUACUUCGGUGGCAAACCACCAAUCUAUGUUAUUUCGUUGGCAGCA